AUGGUCGCCGUCCUCACGUUUCCGAAGUGCCAGUCGCAGAUCAUGCCCAGCGAAUCGGUGCUGCCUAGGCCAUAUAUCAAGCGCUCUUUCGCUGAACUUAAAUGCCGUGGCGUGUUCAACAAGGUGAUAUUUCAUGAGUUGGACGAGGUGUGCCAAGAGUGCUACACGAUCUACAAAGAGCCAGAGCUGCACGGCCUGUGCCGGUCCGAGUGCUUCACAUCCGAAUACUUCAAGGGUUGUCUUCAGGCGCUGAUGAGAAUGGAGGAACUGGAAAAGUUUGAUUCCCACAUUCGAAAAAUCAGCGGAAAGAAAUGA